CCAGCCUAGUCUUGCACAGUCUUCCUUUCUUCAGUGGGAGCUCUCUGCUAGAAGAAAGCCCGUGCUUGGAGUGCCUGGUCUAACUAAGGCUGCCUGGCAUUCACUUGUCCUCUGCAGUCAGAGGACUAUUUAUCCAAGGAAAGCCGGGAUCCUGGCGCUCAGCCAUGAUGAGGACAGGUUUCCAUGGGGUGGCAAGACUUGUCCAUCACAAAGCUCUUUACAGAAGCCCCCAUAUCCUGCCCAGACUCCACCUGGCCUCAUCGUUUGGAUCCUCCACAGAUUCCCUGGUUGCAAGAUUCUGCCCAGAGAAGACAGAUUUGAAGGAUUAUGCUCUUCCCAAUGCCAGCUGGUGUCCAGAUAUGCUGAGCCUGUACCAAGAAUUUCUGGAGAAAACCAAAUCAGGCAGCUGGAUUAAACUACCCUCCUUCAAGUCCAACAGAGAACAUAUCCAGGGCCUUAAGCUCCCAUUUGGGCUGCUAGCUGCCUCAGACAAACAGGACUGGCGCCUCUUUACCAGGUCCAUCCAACUGGAAGGACAAGGCUAUGAAUAUGUCAUCUUUUUCCACCCAUCUGAGAAGAAGUCAGUCUGUCUUUUCCAGCCAGGCCCCUACCUGGAGGGGGCACCGGGAUUUGCUCACGGAGGGUCACUGGCAGCCUUGAUGGAUGAGACGUAUUCUAAAACUGCCUACCUGGCUGGUGAAGGACUAUUCACGCUAAGUCUCAACAUCAAGUUCAAAAACUUGAUCCCCGUGGGCUCUUUAGCUGUUCUGGACGUUCAAGUAGAAAAGAUUGAGGACCAGAAGCUCUACAUGUCCUGCAUCGCCCAGAGCAGAGACAAGCAGACAGUCUAUGCCAAAUCCUCUGGUGUUUUCCUUCAGCUGCAGCUGGAAGAAGAGCAGUCCAGGGAGCACUGACUGUGUCUUUGAUGACUCAGCAGCCACACAACAGGCAAGGGUCCCCAGGAAUCGGGUGGCAGACGAGAGAAAAGAAGGCCCCAUAGUCAGUCCAAGAACCUUCUGUUGUUGGAAUCAAAAUUGUCCAUAGGCCAGAGAUAGCUCAGCAGUUAAGAACAGUGGCUGCUGCUUGAUCCCAGUACCAACAUGGUGGUUCACAAGCAUCUGUAACUCCUGUCCCAGGGAAUCCAAUGCCCUCUCUUGGCCCCCAUGGAGUACCGGGCAUGCAUACAGUGCCUUUCAUGCAAACCAAACACCCACAUACAUAAAAUAAAUUAAUGUUUUAAACCUU